AUGCUCAAGACGUUGAUAAGACAAGGUCAUAGUAACAAGGCCGUUUCACGUAUGGUGUUAGGCCGUCCGAUGGCAUGCAGAUAUAAGGCCACCAACUUCCACAGACCAGACUCAGCAGGAUCGAACGAUGCAUCGCAAGCAGCAGAUGCAGCAGCUACGGUUUUAGCAGACCAAAAUGAUAUACAAAAGCUCCCAAAUAAGGCCACCUGGAUGGAUGCCUUGCGGGAAAGAGAAAAGCAAAAGGCAGCUGGAAAGACGUUGGACAGUUAUUCGUAUAUCAACCCUAAGACCACCGAAGUGGGUGAAAAAACCAGAAGUGAAUCGUUUUCGUAUUUGACGCUUCCAUUCAAGGACGAUAAGUGGUUGUGUGACUCUUACAUGAAUGCUUCUGGGAGAUUGAGAGCAGGACAGUUGUUCCAGGACUUGGAUGCGUUGGCUGGGAGAAUCGCCUACAGACACUGUUCGCCGGCCGAGCCUGUGAAUGUCACAGCAUCGGUGGAUCGUAUCUACAUGGUGAAGAAGGUGGAUGAGAUCCAGAACUAUAAUUUCGUGCUUGCUGGUGCCGUUACGUGGACUGGGAGGUCGUCGAUGGAGAUUUCCGUCAAGGGGUAUGCGUUCGAGGGCCCGAUCCCAGAGUCGAUCACAGAGGAAACCUUGCCAAUUGAAAAUGUGUUUUUGAGUGCCAAUUUCACUUUUGUUGCAAGAAACCCUAUUACCCACAAGUCGUUUGCCAUUAAUAGGUUACUUCCAGUGGUUGAAAAGGAGUGGCUCGACUACCGUAGAGCAGAAUCCCGUAAUGCCAAAAAGAAGUUGGCCGCUAAGACCCUGAAGGUGAUUGAACCAACGGAUGAAGAAAGCAAAUUAAUCCACGAAAUGUGGAAGUCCUCGAAGUCUUUGGAAGCUAAGAAGGACACCCCAAGAAACUUUUCAUUCAUGAAGGACACUAGUGUGUCGUCUACUUUAUACAUGCAACCACAAUACAGAAACAGACACUCGUAUAUGAUCUUUGGUGGUUACUUAUUAAGGCAGUCUUUUGAAUUGGCUUAUUGUGCAUCUGCUGCCUUUGCAAAGGCCGCUCCAAGAUUUGUGUCGUUAGAUUCCACCACUUUCAAAGCCCCUGUGCCAGUCGGCUCUGUUUUGUCUAUGACCGCUACUGUUUCUUACACCGAACACAUUCACGAAAAGGGUGUUCCAUACAACGAUACUCCUUUCGGGUUCUCGUUACCUGCAACUAAUAAAUUAUCAUCCAAUCCUGAAGCCUUCUUAUCAGAAUGUGGUACAUUGAUACAAGUUAGAGUCGACACUACUAUCAAGCAUUUAGAAAGUACCGAAGCUAAAGAAUCAGGCACUUUUAUCUACUCCUUCUUCCUUCCAAAGGACUCUAAGGACGAGGAAGUUGACUACUGCUCAAUUAUGCCUCAAACAUAUUCCGAAAUGAUGGAAUACGUCGAAGGUAGAAGAAGAGCUCAAGAUACUGCUAAUUUUGUUGACACUUUACCAGAUACAAGUGCAAAGCCUAAACUUUAA